AGUUCAAAACUUUAAGAGCUUUAAUGAUGAACACGAAACCAAACUACGACACUAGAAAAUCAAAAUGGAAAAUUCGUCGGGGAGUUAAAAAACUCGUGCUCUCCAUCUGCUCGCUUCUAGUCUUAUGGUGGAACAUUUCAGAACAGAUUGGCGCAGAACACGAUGCGAAUGAGCGCUUGCACAUUGUAACCGUCUUUGACGAAGCGCGCACCAGCCACGCUCGAGCAAUGAUAACCUCGGUGCUGCUUUCAACGAAAAGUACCGUUCAUGUUCAUAUGGUUGUGCCGGAUGACGUCCGUGACGAAAUGAGUAGCUGGUUUCAGACACUCAAUUCCGUUUUCAAACCUGGAACAGUGCUUCUUUCAACGUAUGAUUAUCGUUGGUGCGUCGAGUGGACAGGUCUGCUCUUGCACAUAAGCCCCCAUAUUCACAUCUCAGCGCACUGUAAGUUCUUCUUGCAAGAAAUUUUGCUAGACGUGGAAAAGGCCUUGUAUAUAGAUCUGGAUGUCGCUGGUGUUGGGGAUAUCUCUGAAUUGUUUAACCACGACGAGACUGGAUAUAUAGGGAUGUCCAUAGACACCGGUUCUCUGUGUCAGAGGUUUCCCGAAAAGUGUGCAUGGCCAAUCCCAUUUUCUACUGUGGUGCCAGGUGGUCUAGUUUGUGGAGAGCAGCCAGAUAAAUUGCGCUACCUUCAGCCCAACUAUACAUGUCCAGAAGAUUACGGUCUUACUCCUUUGCAGUUUAAUGGUGGUCAACGAUGUGGUGACCUCCGCACAGCGUUGUCUCUUUCAUCUGGAUUGCCUAUAUCUUGGCCCCUUGGUGUGGGUGACUUUUUGCAAGGGUCUCAUCCACUACGAAGGCAAGCAGGAGGAAUGGGCACCAUGGGCGACUUUAAAAAAAUUUCAGUAGUUAUUUGCACCUUCGAGUUGGGCGCUAGGUUUGAUCUUGUUGUGAACAAUAUGCGAAAACUACAGUCUUCUGAAAUGAAAGCACUAGUUGAUCGCAUAAUAUUGGUGUGGAACAACCCUGAUGUAGCCGCACCGGAAAUCGACGGAGUCAUGGUUUUGUCUGCUACCAAAAACUCUAUGAACAAUCGUUGGAUACUACCCUUGCCAUACAUCAGGACAGACGCAGUCUUGGUACUCGACGACGAUCUCUUGGUAAGCAAAGAUGGAAUAUUAUGUCUUUAUCGAUGGUGGUGUCUGUAUCCUGAACGACCAGUUGGUACUUUUGCACGUCGUAUAGAGACCAGAGACGAUUCGUAUGAAUACGUCAUGUCUGAGCUCUUUGGAGAUAGGGAAAUUGAUAGUAAGGGCGCCUACAAUAUCAUCCUCCCACGAAUCAUGUUUUUGAGCAAGAAUCUCAUGUCGAAGUACGCGGCGACAUCUAAAAAACUACUUGACUACGUGGAUGACCAAGGAGCCCACUGUGACGAUAUUCUUCUGAAUACCUUAUCUAUAAAAGAUUCUGGUACCAUUGGUCUACGAGUCGUGUUACCACGGGACAGCGUGGUUGAUUGUUACGACAUCGGAUUCCAACGUGGACUCGAUGGCUUCCAUGGUCUUUCUAACACCAAAGGGGGAAACAGAACUGCUAUGCGGAAACAAUGCAGCAAAUUUGUUAUAGAGGAGCUUUUAACGGGUAAAGAAUUGCCCUUAGCAACUAAGGUUGGUGUUUGUGCUCCAGACUGGAAAGGUAAAUCUGCUGGAGGAAAUAGUUUAACGGAGGCUUCUCAAGUACAGUCAGAUAGGUGGAAACAAACGUUGAUCUCUUCUGAAUUGGGGCUUGGCAUAUGUAAACUGCUUUAG